AUGUCCGUGCUUGUCCGUGCGCAAUUAAAGUCGGCGGUUUACGUUGCGGCAACAAGACAACACGUGGUUGGCCAGGAGAGUGUCGCUGUUGAGAAUGGCUCUUUGCUGGUGGACAAAGACGUCGCAGUGGCAAAAGAGAUAUUUAAGCUUGAUUCUUGUCAUUAUGCGGAUAUGUCUCCCGUGGUGAUCAUGCCUGGGUAUACAAAGCGCUUUUUAGAUGGAGACAUAACAGUUGAUAGUCAAUUGAACAAGAUUCGGACGAGUUUUGAUCGUAUUACGGCGGCGAACGAGUUUACCAUCGUAGAAGGCACAGGACACACAGGAGUUGGCUCGAUUGUAGACUGCAAUAAUGCUCGAAUUGCUGCCGAAUUGGGCGUAGAUAUGGUACUUGUGGCCAAUGGAGGACUAGGCUCGUCGUUUGAUGAUCUGGCUCUCAACUAUUCGUUGUGCAAAGCGCACAAUGUUAAGAUUCGCGGUGUAAUCUUAAACAAAGUACGAGAAGACCGAAUGGAAAUGGUACGAGAAUAUUUUCCCAAAGCGAUGAAGCAUUGGGGUAGCGAUGUGCCUCUCAUUGGCGUCGUGCCAAAUCUUUCCGUGCUCUCAAAUGCAAGCAUGCUGGAUUUUGAAGGACUUUUUAAGACCGAAAUACUGUCGUCUCGCUCACGACGCUUUCAGCAGUACAAUAGGACGACACUCGUGACGGCAGGGCUGAGAAGAUUUCUGGCAAAGCUGAGUGCUCCGGAAUAUGAUAAUACGUUGUUUGUCACUCACGUGUCGCGAAACGACAUUAUCUUGGGGUUUUUAUCACACGCGCAAAAUUUUGAGCUUACUGAAAAGAGGCCUUACGGUGGUGGACUCAUUCUUACUGGAUCUCCAUCUUGCGACCAACCACAAAAAUACAUUAAAAAUAUCAUUAAGAACGCGGAGGUACCCGUACUUUACGUGCCCAUGACGACUUUUAAGGCUAUGGAAAAGAUCACGCACUUCACGGCUAAAUUUAAUCCAACAGACGAACAGAAAGUACGCGCGUGUGGCGAGCAUUACGCUAGCCACAUUAAUUUCGACGCCAUUCUCGCAUGA